GUCCGGCAGUUGUACAAGUUGACGAAGCCGCCAGAAAUAUGUACAAAACUCUGAAGGUGAGAUUUUUGGACGAGAAUAAAAUCUUAAAUAUAAGUGACAUUUUAUAUAGGAAUUCUACGGAAUCAACAAAUGAUAAUAAUAGAUAUUGUGAUUCAAUUGUAUUAUUUUGGGGAAUUUUAAUAUUUAAAGAAUAUCGAAUAGCAACAACACUUCCCAAGUUUCUUGAUAAAUUCAUAUUAAGUAAUGAAGAAUUAUACCUACACAAUAAGACCAUUUUACUACGUAUACGGGAUAUAAUCACAAUGGAUAUUAUUGAUCAAGAUAUACUUUGCCCCCUUGAAAUUAUUCCUGGCCGGCACCUUGUUUUAAAGCUGGUAGCUGUUAAAACGUCUACUAUAUACUGUUAUUCUUAUGUAGCACUUGAUAGAUUACCCAUAGAAGAUAAGGGAAAAUUUGAAGUAAGAAAUGGCACUUCGGCAGCGAGAGUGUUUGCGAAAGACGAACUAGUUCUUCACGCACUUAUGUCUCUUAAAUGUCAAAAGAUAUGUUUGGAUGCUGCACGAAAAAAAAUCGAAUAUAGUUGGAAACAAUCUGAAAAUACCAAUUGA